UGAUACAAGAGGAUUCAUUUAAAGUUUUUCCUCUCAUCCAUGCCCCAUCCCAUCCCCUGGGUGGGAUGUUUAAUGAAGAGUAAAGAUUAGACGUGGAGGCCUUGAGAAGAAAAGAAAGCGACAAAGCUUUAAGGAAGUAAACGUCAACUAUAAAAAUUAAAUUAAAUUAAAGCAUGUAGAGUAGUGUAGUGUGUAUGUAUGUAUUAAUAUAUAUAUAUAUAUAUAUAUGUGUGUGUGUGUGAGAAUUGAGAAGACAUUGAGAAUGGUAUAGAUUGAGAAAUGGGAGACCCAGCAAGUUUCAUAGCGAACUGGUUAACUCCUUCUUACCUCUUCAUCUUAGUGAACCUGGUCAUAGGCACCAUAGCAAUCACUUGUCGCUUCGCUUCCACACCCGAAGACCAACCCCAACAACUCCUUCGCUCACCCUCUCUUCUUCAACGAGUCAGGUCCUUUACUUGCACUCAUCAUCAACCAGACACCACCGCUCACACCCAACCCCAACCCCAACCCCAACUCCUUCCAACUCCCUCAUUAUUGGAACGAGUCGCCUCCUUCAAUCUCUCUCUCCACAAACAACACCCCGCACCUGCAGAAACACGACAUCUUCAGCCCCAACCCCAACACAAACACCAGGGAGAGCCCGAGCCCGAACCUCAACCCGAGCCUCAAAAACCGGAACUGGUUCGGUGUCCGUCGCUGCUGCAGCGGAUUCAGUCCAUGAACUUGUCGCGGUUCUACAGAUCGGACUCCAUGCAGCGAGAGCCACAGGAGGAGGAGGAGGAGGAGGUGGAGAGGCGGAGGCCGGCGACGGCGACGGCGAGGAUUGAAACGGCGUCGUGCAGAGAAGACGAAGAGGUGGACGCCAAAGCUGAUGAUUUCAUCAACAGUUUCAAGAAGCAGUUGAGGUUGCAGAGGAUCGAGUCCCUUCUCCGUUACAGAGGAACAACAUAAUCAUUCUCGCCUCUGCGUCGUCGUUUAGUAUAUAAUUCCUCUUUCUGUUGUAGUAUGAAGAAACCAGUGUGCUAAACUUGUUGUUAUUCUAUUAAUAAUAAUAAUAAUAAUAAUGCUCAUCGUCUUUCUGUAA